AUGACCGUUCGGAAGGUACAGUCAGCCGUCUCGGCUUCGACGCCAGCUCCCGCACCGUCAACAUCACAGUCUGGCUCCGUGGCAAGGAUUGCCGAUAGCGACACCACCAGAGUCGGGACCGUUCCGGAGAGACUGACCAAGCCGUGGAAAAAGGGCCCCCAGUGGACGUGGGUACUCAGGAAUGCAAACAUUGUCGACCCAGGCAGCGGCUCAGUGCACCGGAACCAGGACGUCAAGCUCUCGGGCGGGCUCGUCGAAGCAAUCGCCGACGAAAUCGCGGCGGGUUCUCAAGACUUUGUCCUGGACUUGGAAGGCAGAUACGUCUGUCCCGGCCUGAUCGACUGCCACGUGCAUCUUAGCUCAGUCGCCGGCAACCCGAGCCUGAGCGGAGCCUUGUCGGCUUCCGACCCAGCCGCAUCCUACUUUCGACAACCGUUCCUCUGCAAGCAGAUUCUCGACCGGGGAUUCACGUCGGUGCGCGAUGUGGGCGGCGCAACGUUGGCCCUGAAGGAAGCCAUUGAGGAUGACGUGUUUCCCGGGCCCCGGGUCGUGAUUGCGAACAAGGCUUUGUCACAGACGGGCGGACACGGUGACAUCAGAGACAGCCACGACACACAACGGUGCUGCGGUGGGGACACCAUCUUGUCAAAGGUAGUUGACGGCGUACCUGGCUGUAUCCAGGCCGCCAGGGAGCAAUUCCGCACGGGGGCAGACUUUAUCAAGAUCAUGGCGGGCGGCGGCAUCGCCUCCCCCACCGACAAGCUCGAGAGCACCCAGUUCACAGCAGCCGAGAUCCGGGCCAUAGUCGAAGUGGCCGACACGUACGGCAGCUACGUCACGGCUCACGCAUACACCCCCAAGGCGAUUCGCCACGCCGUAGACAACGGGGUCAAGGGCAUCGAGCACGGCAACUUCAUCGACCGUGAUACCGCUCGGCACUUGGCGAGCCGGGGAGUCUGGCUCACCCCCACGCUCGUCACGUACGAGGCCCUGGGAUCUGGCAAGUACGCCGGAUUCCUACCGCCGGCAAACCGCGCGAAGAACGAGGAGGUGCUGAAGAGAGGGCUCGAGUCGCUCCGCACGGCUCACGAAGCAGGUGUCGCCAUCUGCCACGGAUCCGAUCUUUUAGGACCCUUGCAUGAGGAGCAGAGCAACGAAUUUCGCAUCCGCGCAAGAGCACUCGGCAACGUGGCGGUCCUGCAGGGGGCAACGGUCAACGCUGCGAGGCUGCUGCGACAGGACAAGUUCCUGGGGCAGGUGAGGGAGGGGUUUGCCGCGGACCUGCUGAUACUCGGCAGGAACCCGUUGGAAGACGUGACUGUGUUGAGCGAGCCGGAGAAGACGGUCUUGGGGGUGUUUAAGAAUGGGCGCGUGUACAAGAGCAGGUGGAGCAGAUUGCCAGAGGAUGGGAUGUUGGUGGCCGGGCGAGGGUGA